ACCCCGGACGCAGGGAGAUGCUUAAGGGAUAGCUUACUUAGAUAUACAGUUCCCGAGAGAGCGGGAAGAUUGGUAAUGGUGUCAUCCAAGGAACAAGUAGAUCGAUUGAAUGACCUUAACUCCGUGUUUGAUGUCUCAAAAUAUAGUAAUUCAUAUUCAAUAUACAGCUGUAUAAAUAUGUUAAGAGCAGCACGAAGAUGUAGACAUUACGUGCACAGAAGCAAACCAGUUUAGCUCAGAGACUAGAGAAUCAGCUGUUCUUGUUACAAUCAAUACUUUGACAAAAUGGCGAGCACGAUAGUACUUGUUUCAGGCGGCAACAGAGGCAUCGGCCUACAAAUCGUCAAGGUACUGCUCGAAUCAAAUACAAGCAGUGACGGUACACCAUACCACGUCUACCUCGGCAGUCGUGAUCUGCAGAGAGGUAAAGACAUUGCAGCAGGACUGUCAACUAGCCAUGGAAACACCGUUACGGCAAUACAGUUGGAUAUCACAUCCCCCGAGUCUGUCAACGCCGCCGCCGCCACAGUGAAGGCGGAGUCCGGACGUCUGGACGUCCUGAUUAACAAUGCGGGCGUGAACUACCACGAUAUCGAAGACGAGGCCACCAAGAUGCGCACACUUUACGACAUCAACGUGAUAGGAACUUCCAGGGUGACCGAUGCAUUCAAGCCUCUCCUGCUCACCCAGCCAGCCGAGUCGAAGAAACAGAAGCGGAUCAUCCACGUUACAAGUAGCAUGGGAUCCAUCGCGUCGCGGUUUAACCCGGAUUUCGAGUUCUAUCACCAACCAUAUACGGCAUAUCGGUGUACGAAGGCGGCGCUGGGCAUGCUUACUGCCUGCCAUGCCUAUGAGCUUAAGGACCACGGGGUUAAAGUCCACGCGAUGUGUCCAGGUUGGGCGGCGACUGAAUUCGGCGGUGGUGAUCCUGCGGUAACUAAGGAACUAGGUGCUAUCGAUCCAAGGGUGUCGGGCCUCACCUGUCUGAGUAUCGUGGAAGGCAAGAGGGAUCACGAGAGCGAAGUUAUAGUUAGCAAUAAUGGCGAAACCUUUCCAUGGUGAAGCACACUAGAGCACCAUCAGUCCCGACAAGCUAGCAUCUCUACCAUCUAUAAAUAAAACUUCAAGAGUUGUUACGUUACACUCUAGCGGAAGUUGAAGAGUUUACCGCGCCAAUGCUCUUCGGGGUAGUUACUCUCG